AUGAGCAACUCAUCAUUCACCAACGUAACUGUCGCAGGAGGCACUGGAGCUUUGGGUUUUAAUAUAGCUGAAGCCUUGUUGAACGAUGGGUCAUUUACAGUAAAGGUUCUUCGAAGAAUGCCAGAAACUCCAAAUGAUAAAGCCGAUUUGUUGGCUUCCAAGGGAGCAGAAAUUGUCUACGCUGAUUAUAAUCAACAUGACCAUCUUGUCAAAGCUCUUAACGGAACCGAUGCUCUAAUUAGUGUUGUAUCUCCCGGACGGACCGGGAGUUAUGACUUUGACGCUCUUCAAACUCCUUUAUUGGAUGCUGCUAAAGCUGCCGGUGUGAAAAGGUUUAUUCCAUCUGAAUUUGGUAUAGAUUAUAAAGUUGGUGAUCAUCCGAUAAACGAUACCAAAGCUUCGUUCCGUGAAAAGGUUGUAAAUAGUGGACUUGAGUACACCAUUAUUUUGUGCGGAUUGUUUGCAGAAUAUCUUGGCGUGUUGUAUGAUAUCAAAAAUAAGACUGCCAAAUUCUAUGCAGACGGCAGCACCGAAUUGGCCGUUAUUGCUUUGUCAGAUAUCGGCAAAUAUACCGCUGAAUCUCUCAAGUUGGAAGAAAGUCGUAACGCCACCAUCAGGGUUGCUGGUUCGAGAUUGUCACUAAACGAAAUACUUGAAAAGUUUGAAGAAGCUACCGGCUCUAAAUGGGAAGUUGUCGUAGAUAAAGAAGUAAAGCACAGAUUUCAGAAUAAGAUUGAUCCAGUUCCUUCGCCAAUGGAUUUGUAUAUAUCCGUUGUUUUAGAAAGAGCAUCGUUCGAAAAUAUUGAUAACGACAAGUUUAGUUUCAGCCCUCGCCCUCUCGUUGACGUUAUCAAUGUGCUUGUUCAGAUGGCAUCUAUUUGA